CAUUUUCUUUAUAACUAAAUAAAUGAUGAUAACUAUAUGUUGUUAAUAUAUGAUAAUAGAUUUAGCAGAAUUCAAGCAACACUUGAUGUAGUGUCAUAACGUACAAAACAAACAUGGCGGAAUACAAUAAUUUAAAACUGAGUAUUUUGUUCCUGAUUACAACUUAUAAAACGACUGAAGGUUCCUGUUAUAUUUAUUACGACGGUUCUAACGAGAUCCAAGAUUGCUCCGAUGACAAUACAGCCUUAGCUAUACUAGGUGGAUCUUAUGGUGGUUUGCUCGGGCUCGGCAUCUUUGUUAGUCUUAUCGUCUGCAUAUGUUGCAUGCAGAGGAAAAACAGGGAAUGGAGUCGCGGAGCAGUCAUUAUUCAAACUCUCCCAGGAGUAGAUAACCCUAAUGCUUAUCUUUCUGGACACCAGCAGAUUCAAUAUUCUACACUGACUGGUACAGGAAAUACUCAUAAUCCCAACAUCAUGAUGAUACCGACCAAUUAUGGACGUAUACAAGGGCAAGACUCAACACCUGUGAAUUCCCAAACAACAACUUUGAGUGCUGGUGCAAAUCCACCAGGAACUGUCCAGCAAGAAAACAAUUAAGAAUACGCUUCCAUUAAGACAAUGAAAAAUUGAAAUACUGUAAAAUAAUGUUUAUUCGCGUGCGAGAAAUAUUCACAAAUGUCACGACUUUCCUUGACUUAUGAAUAUUAUUCGCAGCGAACCAAAAAUUUUGAUAUGAAUUUGUGAAGAAUAUUUGCUCCGUCGCAAAAAUUUAUAUUCUUUUAGAUCAAUUAUAUAUUUUCCAUUUUAUAAAGCGUUUUGUCAAGGAGCUUUCUGAUUCUCAAGAAAAAUAACGUCAUGUUUUUGUGUACUAUGUCAUUAAUUUCGGAGAGGGGUGAUAUGGAUUCAGUAUUUCACAGUGUUAUGAUCCGGAAAGUCUGAUCACACUGUCAGAUGAUUGAACGACAGUAAAAGUUUCAUAAAUGAAAUAUAAUAUAUGAAAGUUGAGUGAUAAACACUUGGGUAUAUAAUGAAUAAGAAGUUCCAUAUCUCAUAUAAAAGAUUUUUAAUAAGCAAAUUUUAUGUUUGGUUGUUAUCAUAGGCAUUCAUAAAAGGAUUUCAUUUAAAGUAUAUAGAU